AUGGCUGCGCGGGGAGGCCUGCGAGCGCCAAGUGUGGGGGUCGGCGGAACUGGGGCAGGGCUGGAGAGGGGUGAGAGGGGACCAGGGGCGAGACCGGAGAGGUCAUCUCAUGCGGACGAGAUUGGCGUGGUGUACGGGGGCAGGCGGGGGCCUGUGCGGGCUCUGGAUGAAGACACAGACUUUGAGGGUUCAGAUGAAGUAAGAGAUCCUGCAAACGCCAAGGCUUUGAGGAAAAAGAGGAGGAGAGUGCAAUUGGGGGUGAAGCUUGGGAAGCUGCAUCUUCUGACACUGUUGUUGGAGCAGCACCUCCAGAUCUGUGUGGUGGGCAGUGGCCCAGCUGGUUUCUAUACCGCCCAACACCUGCUAAAGCACCACCCCCAGGCCCACGUGGACAUCUACGAGAAGCAGCUUGUGCCCUUCGGCCUGGUGCGCUUUGGCGUGGCGCCCGACCACCCCGAGGUGAAGAAUGUCAUCAACACCUUUACCCAGACGGCUCGCUCGGCCCGAUGUGCCUUCCGUGGCAAUGUGGUGGUGGGCAGGGACGUGGCUGUGCCGGAGCUCCGGGCGGCCUACCACGCUGUGGUGCUGAGCUAUGGGGCAGAGGACCAUCGGGCCCUGGAAAUUCCUGGUGAGGAGCUGCCUGGGGUGUUCUCGGCCCGGGCCUUUGUGGGCUGGUACAAUGGGCUUCCUGAGAACAGGGAGCUGGCACCAGACCUGAGCUGUGACACAGCCGUGAUUCUGGGGCAAGGGAAUGUGGCUCUGGAUGUGGCCCGGAUCCUGCUGACCCCACCUGAGCACCUGGAGAAAACGGACAUCACAGAGGCUGCCCUGGGGGUACUGAGGCAGAGUCGGGUGAAGACGGUGUGGAUAGUGGGCCGACGCGGACCCCUGCAAGUAGCCUUCACCAUUAAGGAGCUUCGGGAGAUGAUUCAGUUACCAGGAACCCGGCCCAUUUUGGAUCCUGCGGAUUUCUUGGGCCUUCAGGACAGAAUCAAGGAGGUCCCCCGCCCGAGGAAGAGGCUCACAGAACUGCUGCUUCGAACAGCCACGGAGAAGCCAGGGACAGAGGACGCUGCCCGCCAGGCACCAGCCUCCCGCGCCUGGGGCCUCCGCUUUUUCCGAAGCCCCCAGCAGGUGCUGCCAUCACCAGACGGGCGACGGGCAGCAGGCAUUCGCCUGGCAGUCACCAGACUGGAGGGUGUCGGUGAGGCUGCCCGGGCAGUGCCCACUGGAGACACGGAAGACCUCCCUUGUGGGCUGGUACUGAGCAGCGUUGGGUAUAAGAGCCGUCCCAUCGACCCCAGUGUGCCCUUUGACCCCAAGCUUGGGGUCAUCCCCAAUAUGGAAGGCCGGGUUGUAGAUGUGCCAGGCCUCUACUGCAGUGGCUGGGUGAAGCGGGGGCCCACAGGCGUCAUCGCCACCACCAUGACUGACAGCUUCCUCACUGGCCAGAUGCUGUUGCAGGACCUGAAGGCUGGGCUGCUGCCACCGGGUCCCAGGCCUGGCUAUGCAGCCAUCGAGGCCCUGCUCAGCAGCCGAGGGGUCCGGCCUGUCUCUUUCUCGGACUGGGAGAAGCUGGAUGCCGAGGAAGUGUCCCGGGGCAAGGGUGCUGGGAAGCCCCGGGAGAAGCUGCUGGAUCCUCAGGAGAUGCUGGGGCUGCUGGGGCGCUGA